CACUCCACACCACACUCGUCUCCUCCCCUAUAAAUCCAAGCACCGUCGUCUCCCUCCUCCCUCCCCACUCUCCCUCCGGCCCUUCUUUCUACUCCUGCACCGCGCGCCAAUGGAAUCUCGCGUCCUCGAUUAGCCCGCUCCGCUCCAGUCCACCGACUCGGCCUUUUGUGCGCGUGCGCGCGCGGCAGCGGCGGUAGUUGUCGCCGUCAGGGAUCAGCGGGGGGGGGGGGGGGGGGGGGGUUGACCCCGGUGGGGUUCGGAUGGACGCGGCGAAGGAGCCUGCUGUGGCAAAGCCGCGGCUGCCGCCGGGGUUCCGGUUCCGGCCGACGGACGAGGAGCUGGUGGUGCACUACCUCCGGCGGCGCGCGCUGGCGUCCCCGCUCCCGGCGGCCGUGGACAUCCCCGACGUGCGCAUCCUGGCGCACGACCCCUCGGACCUGCUGCCCCCAGGGUGGAGCGAGCAGGAGCGCUACUUCUUCACGUGCAAGGAGGCCAAGUACGUCAAGGGGCGGCGCGCGAACCGCGCCACGGGGGCCGGGUACUGGAAGGCGACGGGCAAGGAGAUGCCCGUGGCGGUGGCGGUCCCGGCGAGGGGCGGCGGCGGCCAGGCGCAGGCCGUGCUGGUGGGCAUGAAGCGGUCGCUGGUGUUCUACCGCGGGAAGCCGCCGACGGGGAGCAAGACGGACUGGGUGAUGCACGAGUACCGCCUCGCGGGCGCCGGCCUCGGCCCGUGCCGCGGCGCGGCGGCGCGGCCGGCCGAGGGCUGGGUGCUCUGCCGCGUGUUCCGGAAGAAGGGGUCCGCGUCCGCCAACGCCGCCGCCGCCGCGGCCGAGCAGGGGAGCAGCGGCGACGUGGAGGAGGCCGAGGAAGCGGAGGAGGAGGACGGCGCCGCGGGCGGCGCGCGGACGUUCAUCGACUUCUUCGCGCGCGCGGACGCGGACGCGGCGGGGCGGCGCGAGGAGCAGGGGCAGCGGCGCGCGUCGUCGCCGGUGGUGUCGUCGAGCUGCCUGACGGACGCGUCGCACGAGCAGCACGGGCGCGAGCAGGAGACCACCAGCCGCGGCGCGUGAGGGGAGGAGGCUGCCGCCGUGGAGCGAGCGAGCGGCCGGGCAGGGGCGAGCAGGCGAGCGGAAGCUAGCGGGGAGAGGAGGGAAGCUUUGUACUGUACCGUCGCAGAGCCUAAUGGUGUCCGGUUGAGUCAGUUUAGGAGUAAGUAAAGCAAGAUUAGGAGAGAGAAUGGGAGGCUGGCAGGCAGGCUCCCUGGAGCGGGCGAGUGCAGUCCAGGGUUCGACUUAUCGGUCGGUAACGAGUACCGCACCAGCGGUAAAUUUUAAAAAAAAUUCACCGAAAUUUAGAAUUUUCAAAAAAAUUGAAAUAAAUUAGGAAAAAAUAUGGUAAGAAAGUAGAGAUGACAUACAUCAUUCUGAUAUAAGAACAUGUUCAAAUAUUUGAGCAUUUGGGCACGGAAAAAAAUAAAAAAAAUCGGAACCCGUUAAGGCCCGUUAAAAAAAAUGUGAAACAUGUUAAAAAAAUGCGGAACCCGUUAAAAAAAUGUGGAACAUGUUCAAAUGUUCAAAAAAAAUAUUUGACUUGAUCCACAUGUAACAUUACCCUAUUUGCCACCUCCAUAUGUUGGCUAUAGAUUACCCAACAUGCAAGAUGCUUCCAAUGUGCAGGAUGAAGGAUAUGCGGCAUAUGGUGCAUAUGGCGCAUAUGGGGCCUAUGGAGGCUAUGGCUAUGGCUCAUAUCAACAGGAUGAUUCUGAAGAAUAAACUCCAUGUGGUAUGUAUCGUGUGAACUACUAUGUAUUAUGAACUUUAGCGAUGAUGGUUUGUAAGGACUAUGUUUGUGAUUAUUUGUAUGGACUAUUGUUGUGAUGAUCUAUAUGGAUUGUGGAUGUGAAUUUCUAUUUAUAUGUAUAUGAACUUCUAUUCUAUGUAUGUGUGAAUGUUAUAAAAUUGUUUGAUAUAUACCAUGUGCAAUGAUAUUUAUAAAAUUACGGGGAAAUUCUGCCAAAAUUUUUUAUUUUCCGACGUCAUAUGGUGUUUACCGGUAAAAAUUAGAGGUUACCGACCGGGAAACAGCGGUUUCCGGUCAGUAAGCAACGGUUACCGUUUUUUGAAUUUAAAUUUCAAUUUCGUCCGGUAUUUAGCGGUUACCGGAGCUUACCGGUCGGUUUACAGAUACCGCCAAAAGCCGGGAACCGCCUUACCAUCGGUAAGUCGAACCCUGGGUUCGACUUACCGGUCGGUAACCGCAGGUUACCGCAAAAAUUUACCGAUACCGCUACUAGGCGGCAAAACAUACCGGCGGUAAAUUUUAAAAAAAUUCGCCGAAAUUUAGAAUUUUCAAAAAAAAUUGAAAUAAAUUAGGAAAAAAUAUGGCAAGAAAGUAGAGAUGACAUACAUUAUUCUGAUACAGAACAUGUUCAAAUAUUUGAGCGUUUGGGCACGGAAAAAAAUAAAAAAAAUGCGGAACCCGUUAAGGCCCGUUAAAAAAAAUGCGGAACAUGUAAACAAAAUGCAGAACCCGUUAAAAAAAUGCGGAACAUGUUCAAAUGUUCAAAAAAAAUAUUUGACCUGAUCCACAUGCAACAUUACCCUAUUUGCCACCUCCAUAUGUUGGCUAUAGAUUACCCAACAUGCAAGAUGCUUCCUAUGUGCAGGAUGAAGGAUAUGCGGCAUAUGGUGCAUAUGGCGCAUAUGGGGCCUAUGGAGGCUAUGGCUAUGGCGCAUAUCAACAGGAUGAUUCUGAAGAAUAAACUCCAUGUGGUAUGUAUCGUGUGAACUACUAUGUAUUAUGAACUUUAGCGAUGAUGGUUUGUAAGGACUAUGGUUGUGAUGAUUUGUAUGGACUAUUGUUGUGAUGAUCUAUAUGGAUUGUGGAUGUGAAUUUCUAUUUAUAUGUAUAUGAA